GAAAGAUGGCUCCCCCGUAACGCUGUACCCGGUGGCCAACGGCCCGCAAAGCAUCCCCGCGGACCUGGUUGCGCUGCUGCACCGCGAGUUCAGCGCCGAGAUCGAGGCCGCUGCACGUACCCGAUGGAGGAACCCAUGACGCUGGAGCGCUUCGCCGAGUACUGGUUCGGGACGUUUGCCGUUGUGGCUGUCCUUGGGGGAGAGGAAGAGGGGGGCCUUCGCGAGGGCCGUGAUUGGGAGAGGGAGUGUUUGGGGACGUUUUAUAUUAAGCCUAAUUAUCCUGGCCGGUGUUCGCACGUCUGCAAUGCAGGGUUCCUGACGACGGUUGCUGCGCGCGGCCGUGGCGUGGGCAUCGUCAUGGGCGAGACAUAUCUGCAGUUUGCGCCCAAGUUGGGCUACAAAUACUCCGUCUUCAACCUGGUCUUUGAGAACAAUGUUGCGUCGGUCAAGAUCUGGGAGCGACUGGGUUUCAAGAUCAUUGGGCGCGUGCCUGGGGCAGCGCGGCUGGCGAAUAGUGAGGAGUUGGUGGAUGCGUUGAUUAUUGGGAGGGAUUUGGUUUAA